GGGGAGCGCCCUGGGGUUGGGAGCGCCCGGGGCCCGCGAAGGAGGAGGUGGCUCAGGAUUCUGGGCGCACCGUGGGAACCGGCCCCGGGGGAGGCGUGGAAAGGCGGGGCCCGGGACUCGACCAGCCUCUCCCGUGCUGAUCACAAAAUCUCGGAGCUGAAACAGCCCGUUGUUCGCAGCCUCCCUCUGACCCGCCACCCUGCACAUUGUUUUCCAUUCGCCCGGGUCGCGGGUGGGAGGCGAGGCACGCGGGGGUUCUGGAGCUUGGCCGCGCGCCAAGCUUGUGGCCUUCGUCCCCUGGGGCCACUGGGGCGGCCACGCCUCUCCGGCGGGAGGAGAGAACGCGUGGGUCCGGGUGGCUGCUCCGGCUCUUCCGCCUCCAGCUCGGCCAUGGGGUCGCGCAGCUCCCACGCCGCGCUCAUUCCCGACGGGGACAGUAUUCGGCGAGAGACCGGCUUCUCCCAAGCCAGCCUGCUCCGCCUGCACCACCGGUUCCGGGCACUGGACAGGAACAAGAAGGGCUACCUGAGCCGCAUGGAUCUCCAGCAGAUAGGGGCGCUCGCCGUGAACCCCCUGGGAGACCGCAUUAUAGAAAGCUUCUUCCCCGAUGGGAGCCAGCGAGUGGAUUUCCUGGGCUUUGUCAGGGUCCUGGCUCAUUUUCGCCCUAUAGAAGACGAGGACACAGAAACCCAAGACCCCAAGAAACCUGAACCUCUCAACAGCAGAAGGAACAAACUUCACUAUGCAUUUCAGCUCUAUGACCUGGAUCGCGAUGGGAAGAUCUCCAGGCAUGAGAUGCUGCAGGUUCUCCGUCUGAUGGUCGGGGUACAGGUGACAGAAGAGCAGCUGGAGAACAUCGCUGACCGCACAGUGCAGGAGGCUGAUGAAGAUGGGGAUGGGGCUGUGUCUUUCGUGGAGUUCACCAAGUCUUUAGAGAAGAUGGACGUUGAGCAAAAAAUGAGCAUCCGGAUCCUGAAGUGACUCCAUUUGUGCCUUGGGCUUGCUCCUGCAACCAGUAUCUCCUUGGAAUUCACCCAAAGCCCUCAUGGAUGCAUGGACGCAGGGCGCCAAUAAACUGUAUUCUUGCUUCUAACUCUAUUUAGGGCCAAGGGAAGAAAGCUGGAAGGAUGUGUACUAAAGUCUAGCUCAGCAGUCCCCAACCUUUUUGGCAUCAGGGGCAGUUUUUCCACGGAUGGGUGACAGGGGAUGGUUUUGGGAUGAUUCAAGUGCGUUACAUUUAUUAUGCACUUUAUUUCUAUUAUGAUUACAUUGUAAUAUAUAAUGAAAUAAUUAUACAACUCACCAUCAUGUAGAGUGCACAACCUAGAUCCCUUGGGUGUGCAGUUCACAGUAGGAUUUGGGCUCCUAUGAGAAUCUAAUGCCACUGUUGAUCUGACAGGAGGCAGAGCUCAGGCGGUAAUGCAAGCAAUGGGGAGUGGCUGUAAAUACAGAUGAAGCUUCAGCUCUCCUGCCACUCACCUUGUGCUGUGCAGCCCGGUUCCUAACAGACCACAGACCGGAUGCCAGGUCUAGCGCAUUUGGUCUGAGAACUGUGAAUCAGCCAGCAAUCUUUUGGUUGCAAAUCACUGAAAACCCAACUCAAAGUGACUUAAGUCAGAAAUAAAUUUUAUGAAUUCAUGUAAUUAAAAAGUCCGGAAGUAUCUGCCUUUAGGCACAGCUGGAUCCAAGGGCACAAAUGAUGUCAUCAGGCCCCAGUUAUUCUCCAUCUCCUAGCUCAGCUUUUUCUGUCUGUAAGCCUGAUUUUCAGGAAGGCUCUUUCCUAGUGAUGGAGAUGACCAACAUCAGCUCCAGGCUUCUAUCCUGCUAACCCAGUAACCCAACGGGAAGAGAUUUACUUAUUCCAAUAAUUCCAAGUGGAGAGUGUCAUUGAUCUGUUUGGGGUCUCAUCCCUACGUCUAGGGGAAUGGAACACUCUGAGUGGCCAGGCCUGUGUCAUGUGCUAAUUCCUAGAGCCAGGGAAAUAAGGUCUGAGGAUUCAGGAUGGAGUGAAAGGUGGUUGCUUAAAGGAAAAUGAAAUACAAUUAGCAGAAUAAGGGGAAAUGAGUGGUCUGCUCUGCUCGGGCAAAACAAGAGAUGCCCAAUACUGUGAGGGACCCUUGAAGUCUGGACUCUUAAAUAGGUUUUUGCUGAUUUCCUGGGUGCAUGCUAGGAUGAUGAGGCUUGAUGGGGUAGGGAAGAGAUAAUGUAAAAAUAAUAAACAGUAUAUGCCUUC